AUGAGCGAACUGGAGCAGUUGAGGCAGGAGGCGGAACAGCUGCGCAACCAGAUCAGGGUGAGUGGCUGCAGUUGGCAGCGCCAGCCAAGUUUCUAGCCCUCAUUGAGGUGCCGGGCUCAACAUUUCUCUUUUUUUCCGGGGAUGGAGACUUUGCGGGGUUGAGACGCUGAGAUCCAGUGGCGAGGGCCUUCUGGCGGUUCCCUCAUUGCGAGAAGUAAGGUUACAGGGAACCAGGCAGAGGGCCUUCUCGGUGGUGGCGCCCGCCCUGUGGAACGCCCUCCCUUCAGAUGUGAAGGAAAUAAGUAGCUACCCUAUCUUUAAAAGGCAUCUGAAGGCAGCCCUGUUCAGGGAAGUUUUUAACAUUUAACGCUUUAUUGUUUUUAAUACUUGAUUGGGAGCCGCCCAGAGUGGCUGGGGAAACUCAGCCAGAUGGGUGGGGUAUAAAUAAUAAAUUAUUAUUAUUAUUAUUAUUAUUAUUUGCACUCACCCCUGCUCUCUUCUCCUUUUCCCUUCCCGCAGGACGCUAGGAAAGCAUGUGGGGACUCCACGCUGACCCAGGUGAGGCGAAAGAAACCCCUCGAAUAUAUUUUCCCCUCCAGGCUUGACUACCGUAAUUCGCUCUACGCGGGGCUGCCCUUGAAGCUGACCCACAAACUCCAGCGGGUGCAGAAGGCUGCAGCGAGGCUCCUCACGGGGUCCCUGCCAUGGGAGCAUAUUCACCCAGUGCUUUUCCAGCUGCACUGGCUCCCGGUGGAGUACAGGGUCAGGUUUAAGGUGCUGGUUUUGACCUUUAAAGCCCUUUGUGGCUUAGGGGACCCUCGUAUCUAUGGGACCACCUCUCCUGGUCUGCCCCGCAGAGGACCUUCAGGUCCAUGAAUAAUCAUAGUUUAGAGGUCCCUAAGGAAGUCAGACUAUCCUCCACCAGAGCCAGGGCCUUCUCAGUGGUGGCUCCGACCUUUUAUUUUUCCUCCUUCCCUUUUUAUGAAGAUUUUUAUGCGAUCCUCCAGCUAAUUCUCCCCUGGUCUCCCCGCUGGCCCAAAUAGGACCAAUUCAGCCAGCUAACCCUGGGGAUCAUCUAAUGUUUAUUGGAUGGAUUUCCCCCCUAAAUUGAUUUUUGAAUUCUGAAUUUGUUGUUAUUCCCGUUUUAAUACUGUAUUUUAUGCUGUUUUUUGCUGCAUCGAUUAAGCGUUUUAAAUUUGUUGUUAGCCACCCUGAACCGGGAAGGGCGGGGUAUAAAUAAAUAAUACAAAUUUAUUAAAUAAAUAAAUAAACAUUUAUUAUUAUUAUUAAUUCCUCCCCCACUUUGAGAUGUUGUUGGAAGAAGCAGGCGAGGGUCUCUGGAGGUUGUGUGUGUUUCGCAGAGGUGUUCCUCCUCUCUGGGGGGGCCUUUCGUCUUUUGACACCCCCCUUCUCUUUUUCUCCCCACCCCCAGAUCACAGCUGGCCUCGAUCCGGUGGGCCGGAUCCAGAUGCGGACGAGGCGCACAUUACGGGGUCACCUGGCGAAGAUCUACGCCAUGCACUGGGGGACAGACUCCAGGUGAGAGCAAAGGGCGGCGGUGGCGGCUGCCCCUUGGAAUUGUGGGAUUGGACGGGACCCCCAAAGGCCAUCUAGUCCAACCAGGGUGGACAAAAAAACAAUGGUUUUUUAAAAUUUAAAUUGAAUUUUUAAAAUUUAAAUUGGAUUUUUAACAUUUAAAUUGGAUUUUUAACAUUUAAAUUGGAUUUUUAAAAUUUAAAUUGAAUUUUUAAAAUUUAAAUCGGAUUUAUUUAUUUUUAUUUAAAUUGGAUUUUUAAAAUAAAAUGCCUUUGGAGGAAAAGUCUUUCUAAAUGUAGUUUUCUAUUUCAUUUGCAUUAUAGUCCAAAGGCUGUUCAUCAGGAAAUAAGGAUUUGUUUUAAGUUUUUCACGUGUGCUAAAAUCAGUCUUAAGUGGGGUUUUUUAAUCGUUUAACAACAUCAGUUAACGAACAUGGAUACAUAUGCCAUAGUGUUGUUGUUUUAGUUAAACAGAUCGUUUAAAUGAUUACUAAGGAAAUGAUUAUUUUUUCUCCUUCCAAUGAAGUAAAGCAGAAAGGUUGCCCAACUAUAAACAGUUAACUUAUUAAACCUCACGAUCAUUCCAUCAUUAUCUGUCUGUGUAUUUCUAAUGGUAUAACCAAAUCAGCGAUUUUUGAUGUAACUGUAAAAACCACUCUGAAAAUUCUUUGUUCCAGAAAUGAAACCUCCAUCUGGUUGUAAAUAUUAAGAUUAUACCAGCCGGAAUGAGUCUUUCUGUAAAAAAAAAAAAAGUCUUACUGACUAGCGAUUUUUAUCGGGAUUUAAAUCAGUUUGAUUUAAAUGAAAUCCGCCCUGAGUCCCACCCCCUGCAAUGCAAAAGGAGCCCGGUUUGAUCUCCUGUAGCAUCUAUUGGCAGGGCUGGGUGAGACCCCACUCGCCUGGGCAGCUGCAGCUGCCGGCCCGUGUGGACAAUACUAAGCUCAAUGGACGCCAAUGGGCUUGGUCCCAUCUCCCUGUGUUGGGCGUGCAGAAGAGGAAAAAGGGCUUUGGGUCUCCUCUUGUCCCCGAGCGACUCGGAAACCCUCUAUCUCACUCUGAGUUCCACCCAAUCUCACGCCGCCUCCGUUCUUCCUCUCUCCACCUCUACAGGUUGCUGGUUAGUGCUUCCCAAGACGGCAAACUGAUCAUUUGGGACAGCUACACCACAAACAAGGUAAGGCCUGUGUGGCUGUCAGUGGGCCCUGUUAUUUGGCCCCGGGGGACCCUUCGAGCGUCACCCGGGGCCCUUAUCAGUGCCUGGAGGGUGGCCGUAUGAGAGCAGGGCCUUUUUGGUGGUGGCUCCCUGCUUGCAGCAAGCUCUCCCCAGGGAGGGCUCUCCUUGCACCUUCGCUUUGCAUAUCUCUAGGUGCUUUUUUCCCACCAGGACUCUACUUAUCCAGGGCCCCUUUUUUAAAAACGCAUCGGUUUAUUUGUUAAUACAGUCGCACCUCUUCUUGCGAACGCUUCAUGUUGCAUGUUUUUGGGUUAGGAACGCGGCAGAGCCAGAAGUGUUUACUUCUGGGUUUUGCCGCACGCACAGGAGUGUUCUGCGCAGUUCGCGCAUGUGCAGAAGAGCUCUGUCGCGCUUCGCAAGUGCGCAGAAGUGCCGCUCUGGUUAGGGACUUUUCGGGGUGCGAAUGGCACCCUGGAACGGAUCGCAUCCGCAACCAGAGGUACCACCGUAUAGCGUAAGUCGUUUGAGUUGCCUUUGUAAAAGUUAAAAAAAGCAACCGAAACGUUUCGUAAAUAAGACCAUGAGAAGAGUCUGCCGGAUCAAGCCAAAGCGGGGUGGAGGGUGGGUCCAAUCCAGUCCAGCAUCCUGUUCUCCCAGUGGACAACCAUUAUGGGAAACUGUCAAGCGGGAUCAUGUGGCUCCCAGAAACUGGUCAUCAUAGCUGCAGCCCUCUGAAUUGGUCGAAUCCAGGUUAGUGGUCCCUCCUGUGGCAGGGAGUUCCACAGUUUAACAGUCUUAAGGCGGACGUCCUUUUAUCUUCCCCGAAUCUUCCAACAAUUGACUUCCUGGGAUGUCCGCAAAUUCCAGUGUCACGAAAAAGCAUUUUGAGUUUAGGCAGGCCUGUCCCCAGACAUUUAGAAAAACCAACACGACUUUGAGCCGCUAUGUGGCUGGUUUAAUUUUUUUGCAGACUUUUAAAGUUGCCGCUGCUGUUUUUCCUUAGCAAUCACUUUAUUUGCUGUAUCCUUUUUCGUACUGCUUUGAAGCACGUUUUUUUUAAAAAAGCUUCAUAAAUUUUGUGAAGUAAAUAAACAACAUUGACACCCCCCCCCAGCCAAGAGAAUAUAUUAUUUCACAAUGAUAAUUGCUGAUAAUAACGAUCACCGUACUUUUCCACGUAUAAGACUAUGGUUUCUUUCACUGUAGAAUAAUGGUCGAAAUCUGGGCUCGUCUUAUACAUGGAUAGUGCAGCUGGAGGGGUUUCUUUAUAAUAAUUUAUUAUUUAUACCCCGCCCAUCUGGCUGGGUUUCCCCAGCCACUCUGGGUGGCUUUCAACAGAAUAUAAAAAUACAAUAAUUUAUAAAGAAUAAAGAAGAAAUAAAGAAUCUCAUUUGGGUAGAAACUGUUUCAUAAACUGAAAGAGAUCAUUUCCAGGGUGCGCACUAUCCUGCGCUAUCUCUGCAGCUUUGUUAUGGCACCUGGAAGCAUUGAUUUGAUCCAAGGUGGGAAGAGGGCACCCAAUUAUUCGCUGAAUUGGGAUCGGAAGCGUCCUGGGAGCCAGUGUAGGUCUUUAAUUGGAGUCCCCAAAAAUAGGGGGCGUCUUAUACAUGGAAAAAUAUGGUACAGUGGUACCUCAGGUUACAGACGCUUCAGGUUGCAGACUCCACUAACGCAGAAAUAGUACCUCGGGUUAAGAACUUUGCUUCAGGAUGAGAACAGAAAUUGCGCGGCGGCGGCACGGCAGCAGCAGGAGGCCCCAUUAGCUAAAGUGGUGCUUCAGGUUAAGAACAGUUUCGGAUUAAGAACAGACAUCCAGAACGAAUUAAGUUCUUAACCCGAGGUAAAGGUAAAGGGACCCCUGACCAUUAGGUCCAGUCGCGGAUGACUCUGGGAUUGUGGCGCUCAUUUCGCUUUAUUGACUGAGGGAGCCGGCGUACAGCUUCCGGGUCAUGUGGCCAGCAGGACUAAGCCGCUUCUGGCGAACCAGAGCAGCGCACAGAAACGCCAUUUACCUUCCCGCCGGUGUGGUACCUAUUUAUCUACUUGCACUUUGAUGUGCUUUCGAACUGCUAGGUUGGCAGGAGCAGGGACCGAGCAACGGGAGCUCACCCCGUCAUCGCGGGGAUUCGAACCACCGACCUUCUGAUCGGCAAGCCCUAGGCUCUGUGGUUUAACCCACAGCGCCACCCACGUCCCUUAACCCGAGGUACCACUGUAGGGAGGAAGAGGUGCUGCUGAUCUGUUGGGGUCCCUGGUUUUUUGUAUCUCACGCACCCCGUUUUCCUGCUUCCUGCAGGUCCACGCCAUCCCUCUGCGGUCGUCGUGGGUGAUGACUUGUGCCUACGCCCCAUCCGGGAACUACGUGGCCUGUGGCGGCCUGGACAACAUCUGCUCCAUCUACAGCCUCAAGACCCGGGAAGGGAAUGUCCGGGUCAGCCGGGAACUCCCCGGGCACACAGGUGAGGGGCUCUCCCAAACCCCACGCCCUUGCCCCCCUCUCGCCUCCUUCGCGAAACCAAACUGGUUACACCGGUACCUUGGCUCUGAAACUUGAUCCGUUCCGGAAGUCUGUUCCAAAACCAAAGCGUUCCAAAACCAGGGCGCACUUUCCCAUAGAAAGUAAUGCAAAACGGAUUAAUCCGUUCCAGACUUUUAAAAACAACCCCUAAAGUAAUAAUAAUAAUAAUAAUAAUAAUAAAUAUAAAGCGUCAUAAAUUUUGUGAAGUAAAUAAACAACAUUGACCCCCGCCCAGCCAAGAGAAUAUAUUAUUUCACAAUGAUAAUUGCUGGUAAUAAUGAUUACCGUACUUUUCUGUGUAUAAGACUAUGGUUUCUUUCACUGUAGAAUAAUGUUCAUUAUCUGGGCUCGUCUUAUACACGGAUAUUGCAGCUGGGGGCAUUUUUAAAUAAUAAUAAUUUAUUUAUACCCCGCCCAUCUGGCUGGGUUUCCCCAGCCACUCUGGGCGGCUUCCAACGGAAUAUUAAAAUACAAUAGUCUAUUAAACAUUAAAAGCUUCCCUAAACAGGGCUGCCUUCAGAUGUCUUCUAAAAGUCUGGUAGUUGUUUUUCCUCUUUGACAUCUGGUGGGAGGGCGUUCCACAGGGCGGGGGCCACUACCGCAGCAAUUUAUCAUGAAUUUUGCCAUCUAACGAGACCGUUGAGCCAUAAAAUGAAACGAUAAUCAAGGUACGGUACUAUAAAAUAAAUAAGGCAGUGUUGUAGAGGCUAAAAACUAAAAUUGUUAUUUUUCUUCCUUGCACUGAUGAUAGCCAAUGUUUGGAUGGGGGGCUUUUAUCCGUUUCCGCAGUCACACAAUCGAUCAGUAGCUGAACUGGGUUCCUCACAGUCAAAAAAACAAAUGAACCAAAAAAGCCUCAAAAACGCGUAAUAAAUAGCAAAAACAAAAGCGCCAAACUUAAUCCGUUCUGGAAGUCCGUUUGACUUCUGAAACGUUCGAAAACGAAGGCGCAGCUUCUGAUUGGUGCAGGCGCCCCGGAAAAAAUAGCUGGCAGCCACACUGGACGUUCGGCUUCCGAAAAACAUUCGAAAACCGGAACACUUAUUUCUGGGUUUUCUGAGUUGGAGAACCAAGGUACCACUGUACUUAAUUUUGCUUUCCCUGUACCUCCUCCCUACCUUUCAACCCCAAUUUUGGAGGAGUAUCUAACACCUCAGAAGGCAGGAUUGGGAUUGAAAGUGCCCUUAAAGCAAAGGUUUUCCAAUAGGACUGAUUUAGCCAGCUAGCCCUGGUGAUCAUCUAAUGUUUAUUGGAUGGAUUUCCCAUCUAAAUUCUGAAUUUAUUGUUAUUCACGUUUUUAUACUGCAUUUUAUGCUGGGGGUUUUUGUUGCAUCAAAUUAAGUGUUUUAAAUUUGUCGUUAGUUGCCCUGAGCCCGGUUUACUGAACCGGGAAGGGCGGUUUAGAAAUGAAAAUUUAUUAUUAUUUUGAGUCCAUGGCUCCCUUGACCAGCUGCAUUCUUUCCCUGUGGGGCUCAGGAGCCCAGCUAAGUCACCCCUCACGGCAUUUCGAACUCGCUUCCUUGUUGCAGAGGGUUCCCUCGGCCUCUGGUUUCCAAGGGUUCAAAUGCCCCACGCUUGGCCAUGAGCAAAGCUCGCUGGGCGUACGACCUUGAGGGGCCCGGUCGCUGCCGCAGCCUAGCCUACCUCGCAAGGACGUUAUUUGGAUUAAUAAUAAUAAUUAAUAAUAAUUAUGGCCCCUGGUCUGAGUCGGUAUAAGGCACCUUCCUAUGCUCCAAGUUAAAAGGAUCUGGAAGUCUUAGUAGACCAGAAGCUUAAUGUGAGUCCGCAGUGUGAUGCAGCAGCAAAAAAAGGCAAAUAAUAAUAAUAAUAAUAGUAUCUUUAUUGCCAAUCAAUCAAUCCUUUAUUAGGCAUAGCAAACCACACAUGAUCAAACAGACACCGCAUACAAAUUGUGCAAAAUACGAGCUCGGCAUAAUAAGGUUUGUCCCAGUCCGAUCUUUCACUCCAGAGGAAAUCAAUUUGCAGAAAUAAUACAAUACACUACCACAUCGCCGAUCAAUUAAGAACCACUAAAUCUCUUUAUAACGGCCCAGUCUUUCUACAUGGACAACCUGCGUGCAAUGAAAUUAACUGGGCCUCUCCGCCCUGCCACACAAACCCUCAAUCUCAUUGCACUCUUGUGUGCUUGUCGCACAACCACACCAACCCCAAUAUAGUCAGUUGCGCUAUAUUAUUUUCCGUUCAGCAGCCUAACAGCCCAUGGAUAGAAACUGUUUUUUAGACUGAUUAGACGUCUAUAUCUCCUGCCCGAAAUAAGCAAGUGGGAGAGAACUGUGUCUGCGUUGGGAGAAAAAAAACCUGCAGGAUAUAUAAAGAUGCAACAAGUAAAUAUAAUAAUAAUAAAAAUAAAUAAUAGUUAAGUAAAUAAAAACUGUAUUUUCUGGCGUAUAAGACUACUUUUUAACCCAGGAAAAUCUUCUCAAAAGUUGGGGGUCGUCUUAUACGCCAGCUACAGCGGCAGCUCCUGCAGCAACUCCCCACCAAAGGAUAAAACGACAGCAAAUUAAAUCGGAGGACACCAAGCUCUCUAGAUGAAGCAGAAAUACGCUUGAAAAUUGGCCCCAGAAGCCCCCGGCCACUGGGAAGUGGAGCGGAUUUCUGAGCCGGACUGGAGACUUGUUUUUUUAAUUUUUAUUUGGUUUUGUGUUGGAAGAGGGGUAGUCUUAUACGGCGAGCAUAUCCCAAACUCUGUAUUUUAACUGGAAAAGUUGGGGGGGGGGGUCGUCUAUCUCUCUUUCAAAUCGGAACCAGUGAAGGCGGUGAAGGCCCUGUGUGAGUGUCUGGAGGCGGUUGGAGGAUGGAUGGCGGCUAACGGAUUGAAGUUGAAUCCUGACAAGACAGAAGUACUGUUUUUGGGGACAGGAGGCGGGCAGGUGUGGAGGACUCCCUGGUCCUGAAUGGGGCAACUGUGCCCCUGAAGGACCAGGUGCCCAGCCUGGGAGUCAUUUUGGACCAAUUGCUGUCCAUGGAGGCGCAGGUUAAUUCUGUGUCCAGGGCAGCUGUUUACCAGCUCCAUCUGGUACGCAGGGUGAGACCCUCCCUGCCCACAGACUGUCUUGCCAGAGUGGUGCAUGCUCCGGUUAUCUCCCGCUUGGACUACUGCUAUGCGCUCUACGUGGGGCUACCUUUGAAGGUGACCCGGAAACCGCAACUAAUCCAGAAUGCGGCAGCCAGACUGUUGACUGGGAGCGGCUGCCAAGACCACAUAACACCAGUCUUGAAAGACCUAUGUUGGCUCCCAGUACAUUUCCGAGCACAAUUCAAAGUGUUGGUUCUGACCUUGAAAGCCCUAAAUGGCCUCAAAGGCCCAGUAGACCUGGAGGAGUGUCUCCACCCCCAUCGUUCUGCCCGGACACUGAGGUCCAGCUCCGAGGGCCUUCUGGCGCUUCCCUCCCUGCGAGAAGCCAAGUUACAGGGAACCAGGCAGAGGGCCUUCUUGGUGGUGGCGCCCGCCCUGUGGAACGCACUCCCUUCAGAUGUGAAGGACGUAAGCAGCUAUCUUCUCUUUAAAAGACAUCUGAAGGCAGCCCUGUUUAGGGAAGCUUUUAAUGUUUAAUGCUGUACUGUUUUUAACACUUGAUUGGGAGCCGCCCAGAGUGGCUGGGGAAACUCAGCCAGAUGGGCGGGGUAUAAAUAAUAAAUUAUUAUUAUUAUUAUUAUUAUUAUUAUUAUUAUUUAUUAUUAUAUGCCCAGUCGUCUUAUACUCUGGAAAAUACGGUAAUAAUAAUAAUAAUAAUAAUAAUAAUAAUAAUAUUGCGUUGGGCUGAGGGGGUUAGAGAAGGAAAACAGCAGGUAUUGCUCGGCCCGUAUUCGCCUCUGGCUCUGCCCAGCCCUGGGGUGCGGCCCUCCAAAUGUUGCCCAGAGAGGGGUGCGGCCCUCGAGGCUUCCCUCUCCGCAACUGCUGCGUUCUUUCCUUCCCAAGGCUACCUCUCCUGCUGCCGGUUUCUUAACGACAACCAGAUCAUCACCAGCUCCGGAGACACAACGUGGUGAGUAGAGUGCCAGGGUGCCCCACCUGACUGGCGCCCCGGGGGGUUGGGAUGGGUGACCUUUCGGGGUCCCUUGCGAAUCCCCGCAGCCCUCUGAUUUCUGCGUCUCCUCCUCUUCCCCCCCAAAAAGCGCCCUGUGGGACAUUGAGACAGGCCAGCAGACCACCGCCUUCACGGGCCACAGCGGGGACGUCAUGUCGCUGUCUCUGGCCCCCGACAUGCGGACCUUCGUCUCGGGCGCCUGCGAUGCCUCCAUCAAGCUGUGGGACAUCCGGGACAGCAUGUGCCGGCAGACCUUCACGGGGCACGAGUCCGACAUCAACGCCGUCUGCGUGAGUGCCGGGGCGGCUGCGGAGGGGGGCAGAAUGAGGACGGGGCCUUUUCGGUGGUGGCUCCCCAUUCGUGGGCUGCUCUGGCAACUCCCUUACAUAUCUGUAGUUGCCAGGCGAAAACAUUCCCCUUAAACCAGCCUGUUUAAACAACCUGUGGCCUUUUAAAUGAGUGUCUGUGGACAAGGGGGCAUUUAAUUUUAUUUUUAAUUAUUAUGUUACGCACGCAUAAUGAAGGCGCCUGCCUGAUCUCAAUAGGCAGGGAGUUCCACAGGUGUAGGUGCCGCUAUGCUACAUGGUCAGGUUCUUUAGAAACGUGGGGAAAGGCUGUUAAUGUGGUUGUUUGUGCCCCACCCUCCAGCCGAAAAGGCUCCCAGAAAAGAAGGUGGUUCUUGCCCCCUGAAGGCUAGAAAAUAAUGAUAGUAAUAAUGACAGGACACACAAGGAAAAGGGAACAGGGAGGGAUGAGGAAAUAAAUAUGGGGCAUUAGUUUCUAAAAAUGUUCCUCUAAUGACCAAAUGUUGGUGCAGUCCAUGGCAGGAGGUGCCCAAGGGACCUGAGGCCAUGGGAAGCGGGGCUGCGGGGGCUGUGGGAAGCGAGGCUCCGGGGGCCGUGGGAAGCGGGCUCCGGGGGCCAUGAGAAGCAGGCUAUGGGGGCCGUGGGGAGUGAGGCUCCGGGGGCCGUGGGAAGCAAGGUUCGGGAGCCAUGGGAAGCGGGCUCUGGGGGCCACAGGAAGCGAGGCUCCGAGGGCCAUGGGAAGCGAGGCUCUGGGUCCCAAGGGAAGCGAGCUAUGGGGGCCAUGGGAAUCAGGCUAUGGGGGCCGUGGGAAGCGGGGCUCUGGGGGCCGUGGGAAGCGAGGCUCUGGGUCCCAGGGGAAGCGAGGAUCCGGGGGCCAUGGGAAGCGAGCUAUGGAGGCCAUGGGAAGCGAGGCUCUGGGUCCCAGGGGAAGCGAGGAUCCGGGGGCCAUGGGAAGCGAGGCUCUGGGUCCCAGGGGAAGCGAGCUAUGGGGGCCAUGGGAAUCAGGCUAUGGGGGCCGUGGGAAGCGAGGCUCUGGGUCCCAGGGGAAGCGAGGAUCCGGGGGCCAUGGGAAGCGAGCUAUGGAGGCCAUGGGAAGCGAGGCUCUGGGUCCCAGGGGAAGCGAGGAUCCGGGGGCCAUGGGAAGCGAGCUAUGGAGGCCAUGGGAAGCGAGGCUCUGGGUCCCAGGGGAAGCGAGGAUCCGGGGGCCAUGGGAAGCGAGGCUCUGGGUCCCAGGGGAAGCGAGCUAUGGGGGCCAUGGGAAUCAGGCUAUGGGGGCCGUGGGAAGUGGGGCUCUGGGGGCCGUGGGAAGCGAGGCUCUGGGUCCCAGGGGAAGCGAGGAUCCGGGGGCCAUGGGAAGCGAGCUAUGGAGGCCAUGGGAAGCGAGGCUCUGGGUCCCAGGGGAAGCGAGGAUCCGGGGGCCAUGGGAAGCGAGCUAUGGAGGCCAUGGGAAGCGAGGCUCUGGGUCCUAGGGGAAGCGAGCUAUGGGGGCCAUGGGAAUCAGGCUAUGGGGGCCAUGGGAAGCGGGAUAUGGGGGCCAUGGGAAGCGAGGCUCCAGGGGCCAUGGAAAGCGAGCUAUGGGGGCCAUGGGAAGCGGGGCUGCGGGGGCCACGGGAAGCGGGCUCUGGGGGCCAUGGGAGGCGAGGUUCUGGGGGCCAUGGGAAGCGAGGCUCCGGGUCCCAGGGGAAGCGAGCUAUGGGGGCCAUGGGAAUCAGGCUAUGGGGGCCAUGGGAGGCGAGGCUCCGGGGGCCAUGGGAGGCGAGCUAUAGGGGCCAUGGGAAGCGGGCAGUGGGGGCCACGGGAAGCGAGGCUCUGGGGUCCUCUCCCAUCCCUGCCCCCCUCCUGAUGCCCCCUUCCUCUCUCUCUCCCCCCCUUGCAGUUCUUCCCCAACGGGAACGCCUUCACCACCGGCUCGGACGACGCCACCUGCCGCCUCUUUGACCUGCGGGCCGACCAGGAGCUCAUGAUGUACUCUCACGACAACAUCAUCUGCGGCAUCACCUCCGUGGCCUUUUCCCGGAGCGGGCGCCUCCUCCUGGCCGGCUACGACGACUUCAACUGCAACAUCUGGGACUCCAUGAAGGGCGACCGGGCAGGUGAGUAGCGCCGCAAAGUCCCUUUCGAGAAGAAGCUGGCUGCCAUCGCUGGUGGGGAAAACUCCUUUCCCUCCCCCAAAGUCGCAAGCGUGAUGCAGCAGCAGGAAAAAAGGCUCAUGCUAUUCUAGGCAAGUCAACAGUAGUUUCCACGCCUGGAAUACUGUGUCCGGUUCUGGGCACCCCAAUUUAAGACGGAUAUCGACAAGCUGGAACGUUCAGAGCUGGUAAACGCUCCCAAAUCUCCGUUUCUGGAAACCACAAGAGAGGAGAGCUGAUCUUGCGCUCGGAUUCUGCUCACGGAUUUCCCGUAACGGGCAUCUGAGAACAGGAUGCGGGACCAGGCGGGCCGCUGGCCUGAUCCUGGCAGUUUUUAAAGAGAGUCUCGUUCCAGCUUUACCCAGAGUGGCUGGGGCAACCUAGUUAGAUGGGCAGGAUAUAAAUAAUAAAAUCAUUCUUAUUCUUUUUACUACUGCCCCCUACUGGCUGCUUUGAAGUACCUGCGUUGUAAAAAUUCGGGACGUGCAACGGAAGGGACUUCUUCAUGCGUUGCGCAGUUGAGCUGUGGAACUCCCUGCCACAGCGAUGGCCACCAAAUCGGAUGGCUUUAAAAGAGGACGGGGCAAAUUCAUGGAGGAAGCGAGAGCGAUCGAUGGGUAACUGGCCAGAACAGCUGCGAUCUGCCUCCACGGUCAGAGGCAGCGAUGUUUCUGGACCACAGUUGCUGGAAACGGCAAGAGGGGAGAAUGCUGGUCUUGCAUUCGAAUCCUGCUUGCGGUUUUCUGGGCUCAGUGAGCCUCACUUAGACUGGCCCACCUUUUUGGAGGUCCAGAAGGGGCUGGUGGUAGUCCAAGCCACUGAAAUGUGGGGUGGGCAGAUGGCCAGAGGCUGCUGUACCCCGACUCUUCAUCCCUGGAAAGCAGGGGAGGCGAUUGAGGUUGAAUCCUGACAAGACAGAAGUACUGUUUCUUAGGGACAGGAGGCGGGCGGGUGUGGAGGACUCCCUGGUCCUGAAUGGGGCAACUGUGCCCCCGAAGGACCAGGUGCGCAGCCUGGGAGUCAUUCUGGACUCACCGCUGUCCAUGGAGGCGCAGGUCAGUUCUGUGUCCAGGGCAGCUGUUUACCAGCUCCAUCUGGUACGCAGGAUGAGACCCUCCCUGCCCGCGGACUGACUUGCCAGAGUGGUGCAUGCUCUGGGUAUCUCCCGCUUGGACUACUGCAAUGUGCUCUACGUGGGGCUACCUUUGAAGGUGACCCAGAAACUGCAACUAAUCCAGAAUGCGGGAGCUAGACUGGGGACUGGGAGACCAUAUAACACCAGUCCUGAGAGACCUACAUUGGCUCCCAGGACGUUUCGGAGCACAAUUCAAAAGUGUUGGUGCUGAUCUUGAAAGCCCUAAACGGCCUCAAAUGCCCAGUAGACCUGAAGGAGCGUCUCCACCCCCAUCAUUUAGCCCAGACACUGAGAUCCAGCUCCGAGGGCCUUCUGGCAGUUCCCUCCCUGCAAGAAGCCAGGUUACAGGGAACCAGGCAGAGGGCCUUCUCGGUGGUGGCGCCCUCCCUGUGGAACGCCCUCCCACCAGAUGUCAAAGAGAACAACAACUACCAGACUUUUGGAAGACAUCUGAAGGCAGCCCUGUUUAGGAAAGCUUUUAAUGUUUGAUGCAUUACUGUAUUAUAAUAUUUUGUUGGAAGCCGCCCAGAGUGGCUGGGGAAGCCCUGCCAGAUGGGCAGGGUAUAAAUAAUAAAUAAUUAUUAUUAUUAUUAUUUUGCCAAGCAACCUUCCAUCACAGCACCAACGAAAAAUAUUUUCAGAGUUUCCCGCAUGUGGAAUUUGAGCCGUAAUGGCUGUUCCCGCGAGUUUCUCACCCGAAGGUGCAUAUGCUAGGAAACAUGCGUGCGCACCUCCCUCUUCUCUUGAGGCUUCAGCCGUGAACCCUGCAUUGCUCGGGGGGUUGGGAUAGAUGACCCUCCGAGGUCCCUUCCAACUCUGCUAUUCCGCCCCCUUGCACGGUGCAGACAUUCUCCUCCAUUGGAACAUUUUUAAACAUAGGUGGCCCCUCACCACAGAUUCUUCAGCUGCCGGUUCCUGCAGGGGGGCUGGGCUGGAUGACCUUUGGGUGCCCCGACCAAUUCCUCCUUCCUCCCUUUCCUUCCUCAGGGGUCCUUGCCGGCCACGACAACCGCGUCAGCUGCCUGGGCGUGACGGACGACGGGAUGGCCAUCGCCACCGGCUCGUGGGACAGCUUCUUGAAAGUGUGGAACUGA